AUGAGCGUACUUUCCCUUUUUCACAUUGGCUCCCCGUUUUUACGGACCAAUUGCGUAGAAGAAAAAGAAAAAUACGAAAAUUUUAUUUGUUCCGUGUGCCUAGAUAUAUGUCAUACUCCAGUGGUGACUGCGUGCAAACACAUAUGUUGCUACAAAUGUUUGUACUAUUCCCUCCUACACAAGAGAAAAUGUCCCAUUUGCAAACAGGCCAUUAGAAAUAAUGAGUUGAAGAAAAUAUCGGGGAAGAGAAAAAGAGAGUAUGAACAAUUAAGAAUAAGGUGUAACUUAUGUAGCGAUGAGCUGAAAAUAAGAAAUUACGAAAAACAUUUAAAAUUUUGUAAGUACAAAAGGUGCAAAAAUUACAUGUUAGGAUGUGAUUAUUACGACAAAAGGAACAAAAUAAAAAUGCACGAAGAAGCAUGUGAGCAUAGAUUAAUACGAUGUUCAAGUUGUUACAAUUUAUUUUAUUAUAAAAAUCGCAUUUUCGUUUUAACUCUAAAGGAAAAAUAUGAACUUAACAUCAGGUGUACAUAUACAUAUUAUUCUUUUUACUACAACUUAUUAAUGAAUACAAAUUUUAAUUUUUUCAAUUACAAUAAGUAUAUAACGAAUAAGCAUUCUUCUUGUGAUAAUUAUUUAUCAAGGAAGUUGUCUGUUUUGGCAACCUUUCAGCGUACCCUUGAUCGUUUUGUGUGUAAAUCAUCUCCUGGACAGAGAAUCCCAACGGUAGAUGGAAGGAACUGGGUGCCCACUCAAAAUAAUAGUGGAGCGGCAAUCCAAUGCAAAAAUAAUAUCUUCAACGGGGCCAUUAGGGAUGAUCCAACUUUUUCCUACAGGGGAAGAGUCAUUCGUUCUUCUGUAUUGGAAGACGAAAGAAGUGAAAAUAAUUGCCAGAGCUUGCUAAAUUUCUCCCCUGAGUCCGCCAGGUUAACAGAUGAUAGAUCCGAGCCACGACACAGAACGAACCGUUUUGAUGAUAUCCACACGGGUGAAAGUGAAAGUGAAAGUGAAAGUGAGAACGAAGAGGAAGGAUCUAACCAGAGUGACAACGGGGGGGAGACAGACAAAUUGGACGAAAUGAGGAGCACCAGCCAACCCAGUAGCAGGAACUACUCAAAAGCCAGCCGCCGCGCUAAGCGGAAUAACCCAUCCAGUGGUGACAACGCUUGUAGUGAAGAAGAAUAUUUGAACAUACUGCCGCUGAGGAAAAAUUUCUGUUUCAAGGAUAAAAGCAGCAAGGAUAUCAUAAUCAUAAUAAAAGAGCUGUUUCAAUUUGAUCAUAUAGACAUGACUAAUUUAUGUGUUCACGAUAAUGAGAAUUUUUUUUUAUGCGAUAAAAAUUGUUUUAGGAGUACCAUUAAGAAUCUUAAAAGCCAAUUAGACCAGUCCCUUGUUCUCUUAUAUUUUUGUUGUUGCGUCGGUAUGCCUGCCAUGUUCACUCUUGGCUGUAUGAGCUACAUCACCACCAAGGGGCUAUUUAAAUUCUCCUUCUUGCUAGCCAGUACCUUCAUCAGUUUGUCACAGCGCCUUUUUUUUAAGUUUUUUGAGGGCUGA